AUGUCCUUGAGCUCCCUAAAGCCGGAUUCUCGGAAUCCCGACCUUGUACUGGCAAUCCGUCGUGGUAUCAAGAAUAUCAAAAUCUCCCUGUUUAAAUUGACAAAGACACAAAAUGAGACUCGAUGCGAAGGCUUUGAGAUACCUUACAAACGAGGAUUUUCGGGUCCUUUCAGGCGUAAGGAGAUGCGAGCUAUCGAAGUCGGAAGUAGGAAUCAUGAAGUAGUGCCGACCCCACUGAUUAUCCAGCUUUCCGGCCUCCGUGGCGGCAGCGGCGUUCACAAAUGCAUAUCGAAUCUUGCGAAGCUGAACUUGAUAGCAAAAGUAAAGAAUGCGAAAUAUGACGGCUAUAGACUUGCUUACGGCGGUCUCGAUUACCUUGCCCUCCAUACCCACCAAAAACAAAAGGUCAUAUACUCAGUCGGCAAUCAAAUUGGUGUCGGAAAGGAAUCGGAUAUUAUCGUAGUGGCAGACAACUCAAAAACGCAGAGAAUAUUGAAGAUACAUCGCCUGGGUCGGAUAUCCUUUCGAUCGAUUAAGAAUAACCGAGAUUAUCUUCGGCACCGCACCUCGGCCUCUUGGAUGUAUAUGUCUAGGUUGGCUGCGGUCAAGGAAUUUGCAUUCAUGAAAGCGCUCAGGGAGCAUGGAUUCCCUGUGCCCGAGCCAAUCGCGCAAAAUCGCCAUACAAUUGUCAUGAGUUUGAUAGACGCUUUUCCGUUACGCCAGAUUGCAUCUGUACCGAAUCCUGCAUCGUUAUACGCUGAGCUGAUUGAUCUGAUUCUACGCCUUGCAAGCUUUGGAUUAAUACAUGGCGACUUUAACGAGUUUAAUAUCUUGAUUAAAGAAGAGUCGAAGAAAGCAGCAAAGGGGAAACAACCAGAAGGUUCAGAGAUUGAGCCUGAUGAUCUCAAGCUUGUCCCUGUUGUUAUUGAUUUUCCACAGAUGGUCUCAACGGACCACACGAAUGCCGAGAUGUAUUUCGACAGAGAUGUUAAUUGCAUCAAGAGAUAUUUCCAGAGGAGGUUCGGCUUUGUGAGCGAUGAGCCGGGCCCAUUCUUCCGUGACGCUAAAAAGUUGGUUGGGAGAGAUGGUGCCGUGAGAUUGGAUGUUGAAGUUGAAGCCUCUGGGUUUUCUAGGAAGAUGGCUCGAGAACUUGAAGCUUAUAUGAAGGAAGUGGGUGUUGAUGGGGAUAAUGCACAGGAAAAAGACGAUGAGGAAAGUGAAUCAGGGUCAGAUAUUGGUGAAGAGGAAGAUAUUGGGGAUGAACAGGAUGGUCAAUCAAUUGGGUAA